AUGCAUCUGAGUAUCAUAGCAAGAGCUGAGUACAAUGGAACUAUAGUUAAAUGUUUAACACUGUCGUGGAUUGGUGACCAAUAUAUUUUUGAAACUGAGAAUGCCACAUUAAACAUUCAAGGUAUACUGCUAGCAGUAUUCAAUAUGGAAGUUACAUAUGGUGCAACCUCAGUUAUCAUCUCAUGGACACCUCCAUUUUCUCUGGAUGUGACUGAUGUUGAUCCUGAUAUCUGGUACUCUGUGCUGGUCUACAAUGUGACGGAUGAGAACAACCCGACAGCCUUCCCCUGUACUGGCUGUAUCAAUAUCACUGAGACACACUACACCUUCACUCCUGACUACCUUAGUCCUUGUCAUGUCUACCUCAUUACUGUAAUCCCAUUCAAUGGAGCUGGCCAGGGAGAGAGUAGUCCUAAUGUCACUGUCAGCAAGCCUCCUUCAAUCAGCUUUUUCAGGACAAAUCUAAAAGCUGUUUUUGAUGUGGUUAAUGUCACAUUUCAAGUUUGUGGAGAUGUGGAACAAAUAUGUGGAUACAUUCUCCAUGGAGUAACAGGACUUGAUAAUGAGGCUGUACAAUUCAAUGUCUCAAAUUUGGGGGAUGAAAGACAUUUAGUCUACACAUUGCCUGAAAAUGAGUAUUUUUCCAUCUUUUUUGAAGUGUUUACCACUGCUGGGGCAAUGAAUGUAUCUUUUGACAACUUUUCAACAUAUGAUGUCCAGAGUCUGUCAAUGGAAGAGGAAAGAGGAGGAGGAAGAGGAGGAGCAAAAGUGAGAGGAGGGUUUGUGAGUGGGUCACAAGCUGCAGGAUGUCUGGUGAUCCUCCAGGGACCCCCUACCUUUCCUGACAUAUUCAGAGCUCUUCUUAGAACCCAGUCUCAGGACAUAGUCUCCACCACUGUGCCUGUCCCUCCCUCCACCUACACUGUGUAUGGAUAUGAUGUGGAGGAGAAUGACCUUCCAUACACAAUGCCUGCUGUUGUACUGGAGAAUCAGACCAUAAUAAACUCAGGGAUAGAUGUUAUGGAAUCAGUUAAAGCCUCCAAAAUACUCAAGAGUGGCAACAUAUCAAGAAGCGGGUCAACUGUUGUGAUAGACUGUCAAUUCUCAGAGGUGUCUCCACAGACUGCCUCGUGUGUCCUUGUCUACAGAGAGUAUGGGACGCCCCUCCUGACAGUGGUAGACAUGCCUCACCUCCUACAUUUCCCUGUCUCUCUGGCUGUUCACUCUCCUGAGAACUACACAUUUGCCUUGUUUGGAAAACACCCUGUGACUGGAAUGGAGGAACAGCCUCUCCUUACUCUCAAGCUCAGUGAUGUAACAGAUAAAAAGGAGGAAACAGUGAAUGGAAAAAGCAAUGUGGAAAAUUCCCAAACAGAAGUAGUUGUCAUAUCAACUGGCGCCGCAGUAGUUGGAUGUGUUCUAGGAUGUGGCUCAGCUGUGUUAGUCCUGGUGGUGGUAAAACAUUGUCACAGAAGAAGCAAGUCCAGAAAUGCAACCAAUGCAGGGGCAGCUCGUCAGAUGAGAAGUAUGCCAGUGUAUGAUGAGGUUGUUCUUCCACCGACCACCUCCUCUUCUGCCAUACCAACUGAACCCAACACGGCCUAUGUCACCACCACAAUGUCUCGGAAUAAUAAUAUCACAACUGACCAUAAUGUGGCUUAUGCUGCUCCUUUAUAAGAACGUGAUUGUUUUUUCAAAAUAAUGUUUGCAGUAAGACAUACAUGUUCACCAAGUGGCAUAGCACAAGGGGCAUAAUUAUUAUUUCCACGCACCUAUAUAGUGUUGAGAAAAUGCGCUAGUACUGUUGA